UCCGCACCGGCCGCUCUAGCCCUGCGCGGGGCGGGUGAAAUUGUUCCGCUGCCGACAUCCAGCUAGGUCUGCCACAAUGCUGCCGCGGCUAUACAGAUCUGUGGCUGUGGGGCUUCCGAGGGCCCUCAGAGCCAAGUCAACCCCCUUGAGACUCUGCAUUCAAGCAUGUUCCUCAAGUGACUCACUUGAGCCCCAGCAUCCCAGCCUCACCUUUUCUGAUGAUAACUCGAGGACUCGGGGAUGGAAAGUCAUGGGGACCCUGAUAGGCCUUGGUGCCGUGCUGGCCUAUCAUGAACAUCGGUGUAGGGCUUCUCAGGAGUCACCACGGAUAUACUCUAAAGAGGAUGUGCGUUCUCACAACAACCUUAAAACUGGAGUCUGGGUAACUCUAGGCUCUGAGGUCUUUGAUGUCACAAAAUUUGUGGACCUGCAUCCAGGAGGACAAUCAAAACUGAUGCUAGCUGCUGGAGGUCCCCUAGAACCCUUCUGGGCCCUCUAUGCUGUUCACAACCAGCCCCAUGUACGUGAGUUACUGGCUGAGUAUAAGAUUGGGGAGCUGAACCCCGAAGAUAGAAUGUCCCCUCCCUUGGAGGCCUCUGACCCUUAUUCCAACGAUCCUAUGCGUCAUCCAGCCCUGAGGAUUAAUAGCCAGCGCCCCUUUAAUGCAGAGCCUCCUCCUGAACUGCUUACAGAAAGCUACAUCACACCAAACCCUAUUUUCUUUACCCGGAACCAUCUGCCCGUACCUAACCUGGACCCAGACACCUAUCGCUUGCAUGUAGUAGGGGCACCUGGAGGUCAGUCGCUGUCUCUCUCCUUGGAUGAUUUGCAUAAGUUCCCCAAACAUGAGGUCACUGUGACCCUGCAGUGUGCUGGUAACCGGCGCUCGGAGAUGAAUAAGGUCAAGGAAGUAAAAGGUCUGGAGUGGAGAACAGGGGCCAUCAGCACGGCACGCUGGGCCGGGGCACGGCUCUGUGAUGUCUUAGCCCAGGCUGGUCACCGACUCAGUGAAACCGAGGCCCAUGUCUGUUUUGAAGGACUGGAUUCAGACCCCACUGGAACUGCCUAUGGGGCAUCCAUCCCUCUGGCUCGGGCCAUGGAUCCCCAAGCUGAGGUCCUCCUGGCUUAUGAAAUGAAUGGUCAGCCUCUGCCUCGUGACCAUGGCUUCCCCGUAAGGGUGGUGGUUCCUGGUGUGGUAGGUGCUCGCCAUGUCAAGUGGCUGGGCAGAGUGAGUGUGGAGUCAGAGGAAAGUUAUAGUCACUGGCAGAGGCGGGAUUACAAAGGCUUUUCUCCAUCUGUGGACUGGGACACGGUAGACUUUGAUCUAGCCCCGUCAAUUCAGGAACUACCCAUCCAGUCAGCAAUCACACAGCCUCAAGAUGGGGCGACUGUAGAACCAGGAGAGGUGACUAUCAAGGGCUAUGCAUGGAGUGGUGGUGGUAGGGCUGUGAUUCGAGUGGAUGUGUCUAUGGAUGGUGGACUGACCUGGCAGGAAGCUGAGCUGGAGGGAGAGGAACAGCAUCCCAGGAAGGCCUGGGCUUGGCGAAUAUGGCAGUUGAAAGCUCACGUGCCAGCUGAGCAGAAGGAAUUGAACAUCGUUUGUAAAGCGGUAGAUGACAGUUACAACGUGCAGCCAGACACUGUGGCCCCAAUCUGGAACCUUCGAGGCGUGCUCAGCAAUGCCUGGCACCGUGUCCACGUUCAGGUGGUUCCAUGAAAGCAUGGAGCAGCAGUUUGUACCCAAAGGACCACCUAAACCUCUCUACCAACCCAGCCUUAAUCCUCGGUGCCAUAGAUAAACGUUUCCUUCCUCUACUGAGGUGAGAAAGCAGCUCUGAAGACAUCACUUUCUUACCCUACCAUACCUUUACUUCUCAUGCCUCCCCUCCAGGCCUUGUUUUGCAUUGCUUAGAUUCUUCAGAUAUGUGUGUGAUGUGUGGAAUGUGUAAAAAUUGUACGUUAUUUCUUUUUCUUCUUCAUCAUCAUCUUCUUUUUUUUCCUUCAAGACAGGGUUUCUCUGUGUAGCCCUGGCUGUCCUGGAACUCACUUUGUAGACCAAACUGCCUGCCUCAGUCUCCAGAAUCGGGGGAUUAAAGGCAUGUGCCGCCACUGCCCGUCUACAUACCGAUUUUCAAUCGCCUCUGGGAUGCAAGGAGAUUUUCCUCUUAGAGUGCUUUUAAAACGAUUCCAAUAAAGUGUCUGUUUAAGACUAUGACUGGAA